AUGGACAGCGAGGCAAGACCCCAAGACAAGGAAGGCACGAUGGGAGGGACUCGUACCUCCCCCACUCUUUCCCAAGCUUCUCAACUAUUUCACCUCUCUAUGUCCUCUCCAUUCUUGCAUACUGCCAACGCCCGCGAGAUGCUAUCCCCGGGAGCAAUACCCCCCUCCCCCAAAAAGCUACCAAUUCGCCGCAAAGAGGCUGGCUCCGACACAAGCAACUCCACGUCCGAUUCCGCUGGCUCGAUACUCCUCUGGCUCCCCUUAUUCCCCACGACCCCUCACCCCCACGAUCCCACUAGCGAUUUCGUGGUGCCGCCCCACGCCUUGGUCCUCGCGUCCCCGACUAUUGAAGGCCUCGCAGAGGCCAUUCAACAGCUAAAAGACCAGUUCGCGUUAUCAAAGCUCCCCAAAUCUCAAUACCUCCACAUCAUCACACUUAACCAAGCCCUCAUUAAGAGGCUGGAGGACGAGCCCGACAUUUUCCGGGGCGUUAGAGCCACAAUUUCCCACCAGCAAGCCGAGAUCCUCACCGCCUAG